AUGCAUCCACUUCAACGGCAUCAUGAAUCUUCCAGUAAAAGUCUAAUGAUUAUCGCACGUGACUUGCCUCAACUACUAUCGGAUGACGAUCUUGAUUAUUUGAAUGUCGAACGGCGUUUAUAUGAAAAUGAAACCAUUCCAGAAGAGUGGUAUCAACAAAAAACCACCAGUGGUGGUUCUGAUGAAGUUAUAAAGUAUCAUCCAGUCGAUCAUUAUUGGAGACAUGUUUUUGCAAUAAAAAACAGUUCAGGGACUGCCAAAUUUGUCGCAUUACCUAAACUCAUCAAGAGUCUUCUAUCACUUUCACAUGGUAAUGCCGAUGUUGAACGUGGUUUUAGUGAAAAUGCAGCACUAAUCACCGACGAUCGAUCAUCUCUAAGUGACAUCUCCAUCAACGGACUUCGAGCAACGAAAGACGCCGUCAAAUUUUACGGACAAGGAAAAGUUCACGAAGUUCCAAUUUGCAAAGGACUUCUUGACAAUGUCAAGGAAGCACACUCACGAUAUCAAGUUGACCAAGAAAGAAAACAAAGAAUACUCAAAGAAAAAGAAGCCAUUGAAGCUGCUGCAAAAUUAACGAAAAACAAAGAACUAAUUUUGGUCGAAAAAGAACAGAAUCUAAUCGAUCAACGCAAGAUCUUACAAGAAGAUCUAGAAAAUGCAUCUAAAAUGCUCAAUGAAGGCAACUCACGGCUCGAAGCUGCAGUUGCAACGAAAAACUUUGCUGGUGUCGAAAUGGCACAACUACUUAUUGGAGGCGCGAAGAACAAAUUGGAUGUUUUGAAAACACAACUCGGCGAUAAUAGUGAUCAAAUGAAUCAGCUCAGAAAAAAAUUGAAAAAAUGA